CCUGCGAGUUCCUUGAAGGCACAGGCCAUGUAUGACAUGUUGCUCAGUUUGUCCCACACGGGUAGUAGGACACCAUUUUUCACUGGUUGAGUAACCUGGGAAGCAGACCAAAGGGGGCACAUUUCAAAGAGCAAUCUGAGGACUUGGUGGUGAGAAAGAGCUGGUAGAGGUGGGCACCAGCUGGUGGAAGCCCAUAGAAGAGAUUAGCAGGGGAAGGACUCACUGAAGAAAAUUCAGGAUGCUGCUUUACCACCUAGAGAAAGUUUUAAACCAGCGGUUCCGGGGUUCUCCCGGCCUCUCUCUGUCCCCCGCCCCGAGGCUGGGAAAGCCUGAAGCCAAGACAGAGAGAGGACCCGGAAGUUGUGGUGACCUCCAAGCACGUGAUGAAAGCACCGCGGAUGCUGUCACGUGACCCGCCAACCUGCGGUACCUCGGGGCCGAACUUGCGGCUGCUCUUAAAGACCCUCACCCGCCCGGUCGGAGCCAAUUCUGGACUCUCGCAGACUUUGAACCCUUCGCGGGACCUGAACUUGAUGCCAUGGGAGGCUGUGCGGGCUCGCGGCGGCGCCUUUUGGAUUCCGAGGGGGAGGAGAGCACCCCGGAACCUCUGCCCCCUCUGCUGGACCGUCGGGGCGCCCUUUGGAGGAACAUGAUGGGUUUCUGUUAUAUCUCAAUAAAACGGAAGGGGAAAAAAGUCUAUCCUGCUCACUCCAGGCUCCUGGGCCUUUGCAACAACUUCUCUUACGUGGUGAUGCUCAGUGCUGCCCAUGACAUCCUUAGCCACCAGAGGGCAUCUGGGAACCAGAGCCAUGUGGACCCAGACCCACCGCCCACCCCCCACAAUAGCUCAUCUCGAUUUGACUGCAACUCUGUCUCCACGGCUGCCGUGCUCCUGGCAGAUAUCCUCCCCACCCUCGUCAUCAAAUUGCUGGCUCCUCUUGGUCUGCAUCUGCUACCGUACAGCCCUCGGGUUCUCGUCAGUGGGAUUUGUGCUGCUGGGAGCUUCAUCCUGGUGGCCUUUUCUCAUUCAGUGGGGACCAGCCUAUGUGGUGUGGUCUUGGCCAGCAUCUCGUCAGGUCUGGGGGAGGUCACCUUCCUCGCGCUCACUGCCUUCUACCCCAGGGCUGUGAUCUCCUGGUGGUCCUCAGGAACCGGGGGAGCAGGGCUGUUGGGAGCAUUGUCCUAUCUGGGGCUCACCCAGGCUGGCCUCUCCCCUCAGCACACCCUGCUGUCCAUGCUGGGUAUCCCCGCCCUGCUGCUGGCCAGCUAUUUCUUUUUGCUCACAUCUCCCGAGCCCCAGGACCCUGGAGGGGAGGAAGAGGCAGAGACAUCAGCACGACAGCCCCUGAUUGGCAGUGGGGCCCCAGAGUCGAAGCCAGACUCCAGCUCAAGCCUCUCCCUUCAGGAAAGGUGGACUGUGUUCAAGGGCCUGUUGCGCUACAUCGUCCCCUUGGUCCUGGUUUACUUUGCGGAGUAUUUCAUCAAUCAGGGGCUUUUUGAGCUCCUGUUCUUCCGGAACACGUCCCUGAGUCACGCUCAGCAGUAUCGCUGGUACCAGAUGCUCUACCAGGCUGGCGUCUUUGUUUCCCGCUCUUCUCUCCACUGCUGUCGCAUCCGUUUCACGUGGGUCCUGGCCCUGCUGCAGUGCCUCAACCUGGCCUUCCUGCUGGUGGACGUGUGGUUGAGCUUCCUUCCCAGCAUCUACCUCGUCUUCCUGAUCAUUCUGUAUGAGGGGCUCCUCGGAGGUGCUGCCUACGUGAACACCUUCCACAACAUCGCCCUGAAGACAAGUGAUGAGCACCGGGAAUUUGCCAUGGCCGCUGCCUGUAUCUCCGACACUCUGGGAAUCUCCCUGUCAGGGCUCCUGGCCCUGCCUCUACACGACUUCCUUUGUCACCUGUCUUGACGUUCUGGCUUCUUGGGACAUGGGACACACUAAUCCGGGCCUGCAAUGACAGGCGGGCAAGCCCGAGCAAGCUCUGGCCCAGGCUUCCCUGAGCGGCGGGGUGCAGAGAAGUGCUGAGGUCCCGUUCCCCUUCGAGCGAGCCAGCAGUUUUCGCCCACUCCCAGGCUGGCCUUGGGAAGUUUCUUCAUGGUGUUACGUCCUCAGAAUAAAUGCCUAUUUUAUCAAUUUUA